AUGGACAGCAGCAGACCCCUCCCUGGACAUUCUAUUGUAUCCUGGAGAGCCCUGAUUCUCUGUGAUGUCAUCAGUGUUGUGGCAACACCAACUGCCUGUGGGGCAUCUGUUCAUUGCCUACGGGUUUGGGACGUAGCCAUGUUGGCAAGACUGAGCAGGCUCCUUGGGAGACAGAAAGGAGAACAUAACAAGACUAGAGGGAGGCAGAAGGAAGAUGGCCCUCAACCUCAGUGUUGCACAUCAAGACAUAAAUGGUUCUGGGGAAAAUGCAGGAGUACUGGAAAAACAUCAACUCCAAACGCCGUUACUGGGCAGGAGCAGCGGAUGAACAAGGUGGCUACACUGACCCUGCAGCUUCAGAUGAUGACCCAAGAAAGGAAUGAACUUCGUGGGAUUCUGGCUAAUUAUACCAACAAGGAUUUGAACAACAGGCUAAAUUUUGAGUUGGAGAUGCUGAAUAUGGAGCAUAAGAAAGUGAUGUUGGAUCUACAGAAAUUCCCCAUGGAGAUGAGAGAGGCCUUGUACAAGUGCAAGGAGCUGACUGAGGAAGCUGUCUCUUACAGCAUCCUCCACAACCAGCUCCUGAGUGAGCGAACUCAGCUGAAGAAAAAAGUGAGCAUGUUGAGAGAGGAGAACCAAAAGCUACGGAGGGAGCAGAUUUCACUGCUAGUGGCCUGUGAGAAGGUGAAGAAUCUCUAUGAAAAGACCGAUGAGAAGUUCUGUGAGCUAUGUGACGAGGGGGAUAAGCUCCGCUUUGGAGAACUGAGGAGGCUGAAGGAAGCUUCACACAUUCUCCACUCGAGCAGCAACACCUACUGA